AUGUACAAAUGCUUCAAUAUAGAUAGCCUGAACGAUGAAUUUAUAACCAAAAAAGAUUCACUCAACAACGUAAACUUAAACGUAAAGGAAAGAAGCAGUGGAAGGAUAGCUAAAAGCUAUUACGGCAAAAAUGAUGCAGAGCAUAUGAUGCAGAAUGCAGAAAAAAAUUACCUAGACCGUUUCGAUGCACCAAAUGGAAACCUCAACAAGAAUUAUCUCUACUUUUGUGAUAAUUUAAUGGAUGAAGAUAGCAGCAAAAAUAGUGACCUACAUAGCAAAGCGUUAGAGGAACAUUUGAAAACCUACAGUUACCAUGUGGAUCCAGAGUACAUACGUAGUAAUAAGUAUGGAAGCUCACAAGUAAGGGUUACCGGAAACCAUCUACUUAGUCUUAGUGAACAAAAAAAUAUGAUUUUGUCCAAAGAGCGCAUUAACAACAGUUACUUCAGCAAAAAUUAUGACAACAAAAGUGACGGCUACAAAAGUGACAGAUACAAAAGUGACGGCUACAAAAGUGAUGGCAACAAAAGUGACGGCAACAAAAAUAAAGACCAAAUUGUCAACAUGAUAAGUAAUCAUUAUAAUAAUUUAAUCAGAACGACCAAUAAGGGCAUAGAAAAUAUAAACAGCAAUUGUGAUGCUAUCAUUUCCAAGCAAAACUACGAUAGCAUGUCCGAUGUUAGCAGUAUCAUUUUGAUAAACAAAAACGACAUUACACAGAACAAUAACGAUUACGCCGAUUAUAACUACAAUAGUUAUUUUAAUUAUCGCAACGAUCACACCUCUGCACACCACUACAACGGCAGUGCUAACAAUGGCAGUAGGACUGCUCACAACAACGGUAGUAGCAGUGGUCACAACAACGGAAGCAGCACAGGGAAUAAUAAACGACACAGUAACGGCUGUAAUAACCGCAGUCUGCGAAGCAGGAAUGGUAACUAUGACGGGGAAAAAAGAGAGUGCUUCCCUUAUUCACAUGAAAGCUCGCUGAACGAAAAUUUAAUACACGACAAUUAUGACUAUGGCAAAGUGGGAAAAGCCGAGCUGUCAAUGCGAGACAACGAGCUGAAUUCGUUAUCUGUAUACAAUGACGAAGAUUCACAGAAUAGAAUUCUUCAAGAAAUGGAUGAACAAACAAAGCAAGGUGACAUACACUUCACAAAUAGACUCCAGAGCAUUGAAAGGGAAAACACAAAAAACCGAAUUAAGAUCUACGACAUAUUUAACAAUCUUAAUAUUAAAAAGAGUAACAGUACAAAUAUGGGCAUUUUAAAUUUUUUGAAAAAUCAGAGGAAGAACAAAUAUGCCUAUGAUAGCAAGGGUAUUCGAAAUGACGCUGCAGAAAAUAAGGCCCUCAGCAAAGAGAGUCAUAACAGCGGCGUGUCCAAUAAAGCAGGGGGAAUAUCUGGGGGGGGAAUCUCUGGCGGGGGAAUCGCUGGUGGGGGAAUCCCUGGGGAUGGCCAAGCCGGGAAUGGCCAUAACGCAGUGGGCGCCAGCCCAAGUGAUCAUAGCAACACUGAGGGAAGCAACAGCAAUUACAGAUUCAACGCUAACAUGAGAAACGUAGAAAGUAACGACCCGUAUAAUAGCCCCCCCAUGUUAAAAGGAUGCGUGUACAACGACGAGCAAGCAAAAAAUAAACUACCGACACCCCAUCACAUUUUAAUCGAUCAGAAAUAUAUAGAGGAAAACGAGGAGAAACCACCCAAGGCAGAAUUAGCAAAUAAGUCUAAUAUUAGCACAUAUGAAACUUUGAAACAUUUAGAGAAGGAUAACAAUGGUGAUGUUACUAAUUUGUACAGAACUGCAUUGAAUGAGCUUUUAAAUAAAAAGGAAAGCAGUUCUGAUGAAUGUAGUAAUAAAGCCGAUUCCACAAAAAAGAAGCAAAGCAAGAAGCAGAACAAUCCCUUCAGUGUGUAUCAUUAUGUAAAAAAGGAAGGAGCUGAUAAUGCAGCUGCGCCUCCCAACGACAAGGGAAAGAGUGGCAGCAAUAAAAGCAGUAGCACUGGUAGUAAGGGUAACGAAAAAUGCAACGUAAACGGUGGAAGUACCAAGAGCAAACGGAGUCAUAACAAUGUCGAAAGAAAUUACAACCCGAUUCAUAGCCAAUGCGUUGAUAACCAUGACUGUGGUAACGAACUUCCCCCCCGGGGUGACAAGCCCAACAAGAAAGUCCCAAACCCAAGGGACGCGGUAACAAAUAGCAAUGAUAACUAUAGUAUAGGAAAAAAGGACCUACAUAUAUUUAAAACGGGAUCGGAAGUACACAGCGGUAAUUUUACCCAUUAUUCGAAGAAAGGCACUAAAAAAGACUCACAUGACAGAGAACACAAAAUGGAUGUUAAGAGGAGCAAGCCAGAGAAGGAUCAUCACUACUUCAAAGAAGGACCUGAAACUGAUGGGGAUUUUCCUUUUAACGAGAAAUGGAAUGGAAACGAUACUUAUCACCUACACGAGGAAAACAGAAAAAAUGAAAAAAUAAAAAUCAACGAAGAAUUAUCAAGUAAAUAUAUUUCUUCAUAUUCCGAGUCGUCCCUCCCUAGCUCCAUGCAAUCCUUUGCGGAGUCCAAAAAUAGGAUACCUCAAAACAGCCGCAACUCCAAAAUUGCACGUACGAAAGAAAUAAAAAACAGGAGCGAAAAAAAGUAUAAUGCAAAAAGAAAAAUGGACAUGAAGGGGAAACAAGAAAAUGAACAGUUCCAUCGAAGUAGAAGUAACUCGUUAAUUGAUGACAUAAGUUGCAUUUAUGAGGACGAGAAGCAGUACAAUUUUAUCGAUGGAAUUGGUGGAAAUCGUAUGAGCCGAAAUGAUAAUACCAGUCGACACAUUGUCAACGACUCCGCUAACUGUAACAGUGCUAAUAAAAAUAAUAAAGGGGUUGGCACCGAUGCGAGAAUCCCCGGACCCCCACACAAUUAUGACGAAACAAAGGCGCCUCUGCAACAAAAUAACUGCAAGCACGAAUACAGAAACGCACCCACGGUGAACGGCGUUGAAAGGGGUAGUAAAAAAUAUCCAGGCGAGCAUAAUAACGCUUUAAAAGAAUUAAGUGCCCACAAGGGGGACGAUCAUUAUGGUGACAGUGGAAGGGGAAAUGGGCGUGACGACGCAUAUGACCAUCCCCUCGCCAGCAAAGUCGCUCAUUCUAUGAACCCGUUUAGGCACAACGUGACUACCAACCCUAACGAAGACGACGGUGAUGAUAACGGGGAUGACGGUGGUGCUAACGGGGACGACAGUGGUGCUAACGGGGACGACAGUGGUGCUAACGGGGACGACAGUGGUGCUAACGGGGACGACAGUGGUGCUAACGGGGACGACAGUGGUGCUAACGGGGACGACAGUGGUGCUAACGAAGGCGACAGAAGUAGUAACGAGGACUACAGUGGUGCUAACGAAGGCGACGAUUAUAAUAGUCGUGACCGUUGUGAUAGGCACGGAAAAUGCAGUGGUAGGGGAAGAGAUAAAAAUGGAAACGUGAACACUUUGGAAAAAUCGCAAAUUGCGCAGGAAUGUAACGAAAACGGUGUUACAAAGAAAAAAGAAAAAAAAGAAGAAAGAGGAGUCGUUAAAAACCAAACAAACAAUAGCACAAGAUGAAUGAAGAAGAAAUCGAGUUACAUUAUUUCGGAUUAUGAGAAGCGUGCCUGUUCUGUGAGGGAAAAUGUACCAGGCAGCAAGACACAUUUUGUUGCCGCUUGCAAAAAGAUGCAUCAAACCAAAGAGAACACUAGUAAGAAAUCUGCCCUAAAAAAGGGCGCCAACCAAAGUAGUAGUAACUUCAACUCCUCCAGCAAUGAAAACUACGAGAAGGACGAGGUCGAAUGUGAUAGUAAAGCUGUUCGAAGGAAGUCUUCUCGCUUAAAAGAGAGCAGUAUGAAGAAGACGUAUAGAACCCCCCUGCACAGUAACGCUCCUAACAUUAGGAAUAACAGGGGGACGAACACAGGCAAUAGUUAUAAUAGCCAAAGCCGAAGUAGCAACGUGCACAGCGGCAUGAGUGAUAUAAGCAGUAGUAGUGACGUUCUGGAUGAUGGCGAAAGCCAAAACGUAAAAGCGAAAACAGGAAAGAACAGAAACAGUCAUUUUCCGAAUAGCGGAAAAACCGAUUUAAAUUUUUGUAGUGGCCAAGGAGAGAACCAAAGGUAUAGACGCGAAAGGGAAACCUUUGGUAACGGAACGGAAAACCACGACUCUAACUCAGACUCGGAUGCAGACUCAGACACAGACACCAACGUUGGAAAACAAAAUCGCCCAGUAAGUAGAGUCGUAAAGGAUAGUCACUUUCCAAACAGUGUAGGUGUAGCGAAAAAAAAAAGGCAGAGCAAUUUGGCCAAAAGUAAAAACUAUAAACAACAGGAUCUCUCAACAGGAGAGGACAACACCGUUUGUGACAAUUUAAAGGAAAAGAGAAAACGGACGAAGAGGUAUCCCUCCAGGGGUUGUAGUAACAACCCCACGAAUGGAAGUAGCAAAUUGGAUUAUAACCCAAAUGGCAAUCAAAGUGCACAGCAUGACAGACGCAGGCUAGUAAAAAAGGGAGGCACCCCUGAUGGGGAUGAACAAAUCUGCGCAAAUGUGCAUCACGAAAGUGAGCACUUCUCCAGCAAUGCAAACGAUGUGGCAAUGAGGAGAGAAAACAUGUGCACGAGAGAUACCAAUAUAGACGGUGCCCACAUCAAUGACCCACGCAUGAGUUAUGCAGACAUUUCCAUCUCAAACUAUAAAACGCACUCGUCGAAAAAUAGCAUGGAUAGCACUGACAUCCCUGCCAGUGUAGGCUCCAGAAACAAAAGAAAGGACAUACAAUUAAUGACCCCAAGUGAGGAAAACUUCGGCGAUGCCCCCCUAGAAAACUACCCCAGCAUGCGAUGUGCACCCAUGGGAGGUGAAAACACAAACCAUAUGGACAUACAUUUGAAGAACAUCGCUUCGGGAAAUAACGCAAAAGGUAACUCUGCAAGUAUGAUAAACGGAAAUGAAUAUGCACAUCGGAGGGUUGACUGCCAAAAUGGGGACUACAAAAAUUUAAUCAUGACGAGGGACGUGGCUAGUUGUGGUGAGAAAGUACCCCCAAUGGAGGAACAACGGAUGGGAAGACAGUUAGCGAGAGACAACAUCAAACAGAAGACCCCUCUCUUUUACGAAAAGGAUGGAAAACCGAACGACAUUUUUACACAUAGCAAUAAAGGCGAACUGUUACGUAACUCAAAACGCAUGCUAAAUAGGACCUUGUUGAAUGUGGAUCCAUCCAGUGGACACACCCCCCACGAGGAACACAAAAUGAAAGAAACACACACAGAAGAUAAUCCAUUUAAACGGACAGAAUAUUUAGACCAUAGUAAAAAAAAAGAAAAUUAUCAUAACAGAAGUAGCAACAUGUCAAAUGAGGACAUCACGUAUAACAACAUCUAUGAGAAAGAGGCCGGCAUUUUUUUAAAAGACAGUGUAAAUAGUCAGUGGAAUAGAAAACCUAAUACUUUGUUAACUGCACAUGGAAGGAAAAAGAACGAUGAAGGAGUAAACGUAAGCUUAAACACGAAUACAAGUGUAAAUAUAAAUUACAAACAUGAAGAUCCGCAUAUGUACCAAAGUAAAAAUGCAUACAUUCGUGAGGAACAAAAUUUUCCAGCUAAAUUCAUUCAAGGGAAAAACUAUAACAACGCACUUUGUGAGAAUCGCUUUAAUAACAAUGACAGGAAUGACGAAAUAUUGCAUGAAAAGGGAAAGAGCCAUUUGUUCUCCUCGAGAGGUCAAGAAGUGGACAACACUAACAAAAGGGAUAGCAUUUCCAAUGUGCAGGUGGUGGAAAAGGAAGCCACGCAAAGGAACAUCGAGAAAAAUCCUUUCUUCUCCCUACAUUCACACAAAAAUGCAAACAUGGAUGGGGGAAUCAAUUUUUACAAAAUGGAGGAGAAAGAUACCAUGAGUGUCACCCCCCCUACAGACAGAGCAAGCCAAAAGAAAGAAUACGACGUAAGUAGGAUUAAGUUGUUCGAUAAAACUCGACACAGCAAUGUUAACGUGGAGCAGUCAAAUUGGUUUGCCUGUAAAACCGAUUUCGAACAAAAUGCAAGUGAGCGCAAACGAACGAACAACAUGGAGGGGGGAAUAGGCGCAAAAGGGUUCUAUCGCCGUGGGGAUCCUAAUGAUGAACGUAGCCAGAGGUACAUGCACAUGGGAGGGACUGCCCCCUUCUCAGGCAUCUACACAAGCAGUUGCGGGAAAUACAGAAACGGCGUAAUCGGCAUAGACGCACAAAAUGGGGAUGGUUCACUCUCACGUCAUGGGAAAGACACUACCAUUCACAGUAUUAGAAAAAAUAACAACGGCGAUAUUAACGGUGAUAACAACGGCGAUAACAACGGCGCUAACAACUGCGACAACAACUGCGAUAAUAACUGCCAUAACAACUGCCAUAACAACUGCCAUAACAACGGUAGGUCUUUUCAUAAGGGGAUUAACAUCCACGUGAGCAGUGCACACAAUGAGGCAGAUAAAAAAGGUGUGCAUAUGAACAGCCAAGUUGUGCACUCCGAAUUGGAAAGCGCAGCCAUCCUAAAUGAAGUGCUACGAAAAAAUAACGAAAAUUGGAACAAACCCCACAGUGCCACGAAUAGAAUACCGACACUUCGCUUUACCAACAAUUUUUCUAUCGAUUUUGCUAACAUUCUGAAAAAUUACAAAGAUAAAUCGGAUAAUUAUCUAAAUAAGCAGUACAUACAGGACUUGGAGAGAAUUCAUUUUUUAAUUCAAGAUUUUACAAACAGCUACAAGUGUAGUGAUAAUUUAAAAUCUAUUUUUCAACUCCUUCAGUACGAAAUUGAAAAGGAGAAAAGAGAGAAUCAGUAUUUUUGUCAAGACCAGAAAUAUUUAGUUCUUACCAUGCCUUUAAAUGAUAUUAAAAAAAAUUAUGACAAUUUUGGUGAGCCCAGUCUAAAAGAACCCAUCUGUGAAUAUAAGCUGGAUACGUGCCUUUUGGAAAAUUUAGAAAAUCAGUCCAAGGGUGAAUCCGACAGUUGGGGAAGGAACCAAUUAAAGGAGGACCUAACAAAGGAAUGCAAUUUAGUCAAGAAUUGUAAAAGGGGGGAUGACCCCAACAAUGACGACAGCGAUUAUGAUGCUAAUGACAAGUGCGUGGAGAAAUGCACUACAGGAAAUUGCAGAGGAUUAUGCAUGAGGGCGCCAAGCUGCGCUUCUGCCCCGAAUAGUAACACGGACGUGGCAACCACUGCGACGUCGGUGGUGGUACAAACGUACAGCCACAACGGUUGUAAAAGCAGCAAUGGCAAUGGCAGUGGUAAGCAGGUCAGGGCCAACCGCUGCAUCGGUAAUUUGCCCAAGACAGACAAGCUGGGCAAGCACUGUAUUAGCAAGAAAAGGUGCAGCGGAAGCUUGAACGAAAGUAUCUUGUCCAAAAUGAACAUAUUCAUAAUAAGGCACAAUAACCGCGUGUACAAAUUUAAACUAAAUAGCAAUUUCCCGCUAAGAGGCAACCAAUUGAAUAAUAAAAAAAAUGACAAACUUUUUAAAUUACUAUCUUCAUUUUAUAAACCAUUUUUUAAGGAAAAAUGCAACAAAAGAAAUGUUCUACUUAAUGAAGACAUGCCCCUAACCUAUGUCAACAAUGUGGAUCCCAGCAAGGAUAUCCUUUCAAAUGAUCAAGCAAAUAAUGAGAUUGCUAAAUCUUCACAUAUCAAUAAUGAUGACAACUUUUAUAAUAUUCUUCAAAGUAGUGGACUCACGAAUAUAGACGACCUUUUCAUUUCGGACGAUGAGGUGAAUCUUAUUUACAUGUAUAACAAUCAUCGCAAUGAGAAGGUUUAUAGUUUAGAAAAAUUGGAUGUAUUGAAAAAUCAAAGCUCUACAUUGUCCACUCUGAAUGAUUGUGCUAACACGGGGCAGGAGAAUUACUCCUGUAAAAAAUGA